ACGAAACUAUCAAAGUAAUAUCGUACGCAGUCGGUGAAUUUAUUUAUUAUUUACAAUUAGUAUUUUGCCAGUUUAUUGACAAAUAAGGAAGUAUAUUAUAAGAUUUGUGAUUUGCUAUUAUCAAUUAAACAUCUAGUGUUGCAUAUUUUUGAUUGUAUUGUCUUUAAUGAUGUUAUGAUAACUGCUCAGCUCAACCUAUACUUGCUAUAGAAUAAAAUAUGGUUGUACGAUUUGUCUGAACAUAUUAGUGGUGAUGUGUGAACAGUCAGAAACUGAGUAUUUGGAUGGGGAAGUGGUGUGGGUAAAGCUGGGCUCGUGCUUUUGGCCCGGCGAGGUGGUUGGUCCCGAUAAGCUUCCACCAGAUCUCCUGCCAUCAUUCAAGAAGCCCCCUAUUGCAGUUGUCAAAUUUUUUCAAGAAGAAACUUUUGAAUAUGUGAAGAAUACAAAUUCUAUUUUCAAAUACAACUGCAGUCGCAAAAAUGAAUUUAUCAACAAAGGACUUUAUAUGUACAGAACCAAACAUGGACUUAUGGAGAAAUUUCCAGAAGAUGUGAUUAGAGCUGAAACAGCAGUAGGGGGUGACAAAGCGAUAUUGACCAGAGAUGAAUUUCAAGAAGAGAAGAAAGAGAGCUAUGCUGGGUUGUUUGGUGAUCCCUCUAAACGGACACCACAAUCUACUAAAAGAGCGAAAGGAAAACACCCACAAUCACCAACAUGGAGGACACCAAUAAGAAAGUUAAAGGAUAAGACUAAUUACAAAGUGCAUAUACUACUACAAGGAUCAAAGACACCUUCAACCCCAGCAACAGACAUUGCUUCGCCAUCUACAAGCCGAGCCGGCUCUGAGCCUGCUGAAGAAAAAGUUGAAAAUGUUACAGAGCCACCUGUCUCCAGUUAUAGCACCCCAACUAUGUCUAGUAGCGGUAUAUACUCUUGUCACGCUUGUCCCUUCACUACGACCAGACUAAAUGUCCUGAUCAUGCACAACAAGACUCACAGUGUCACGUUUACACCAUACACACCUGUCAGAAAACCAAUCUCUAAAAAAUCAACUCCAAAAACACCAAAAGCUCGUAAACCUAAACAAGAAAAGAAUGCUAAAGUAAUCGAGAAUGAUAAGGCAGAAAAGAUUAAUCAAGCUCAAAAGCGAUUAUCUCAAGAAAAAUCAGUCGAAAGUGAAGUAAAGAAAGCGAAGACCGAUGAAGAAAUUAAAAGUAGCCUUUUGGCUGAUUGGGACGAUGUGGGUGAAGAUUCUAAUGAUGAAUCUACUAUGGCUAUGACUACCUCUCCCGAAGUCCCAGUAGGAGCAGAAUCUCCCGACGUACCGACACCAGCUGAACUACCCUCUGCACAAAUUCCUGCUGAAAUUCCACCCAGCACACAAAAGAACUCUGAAGAUUUGCAGUCACCUGAGAAACAAGAAUCCUCUAGUGACUCCAAGUAUGAAUUUUGUGAAGACGAAGAUUGGUCAAUGGAAGCUGAUGCGGGGAGAAAAAUUCCUCGUGUUAAAAAUCCAUCUAAGCGAAAAGAAAGCGUAAAAAGUCUCAGUACUGAGGAUGAUGAUGUCCGUAGAGAAGUAGCAGAAUUACUUAAUAAGACGACUGUACCCGAAUUGCCGUCGGUUCCCGCAAUUCUACCAGUGGAAGAAAAUUUUCCGGAGCGAGCGAUUGCGAAAUCUCCGGAUAAAAAGAAUGAUUCUAAUACUACCGAGAAUUUACCAGAGGCAAGCCAAGCAAGUGAAAAAAAAGAGAGUACCGAUCAACCUCAUAAAACAAUUUUUAAAACUAAAACAUUUUUUCGCAGCCGCCACUCUAGAAGUCAAGAUGCUAUAGUAAAAUAUGUAGCGGAACAAUUGAAUGCAGCCGAGAGAAUGGAUUUAUCGGAGAAUGAAACUAACGGCAUUGAAUCUUCUUCUUCCGAAUCCCGGGAAUCUCCUGUAGAACAUGUAAAAGUGGCGAGGCUGGCUCCUAAAAUACAAUUAAAGAGGAUGAAGGCUGAAGCUGCACUGCAACAAGAAAGAGAAAAGAAUAUAUUGGAUAAUAAACAAGAUGAUGUUUCAAGUAAGCCAUUAAAAUUACCAGAGCAUGUAAUAAAUAUAACUAACGAUUUUACCAUUGAAAAAGACGAAACAGAUUCAUUGUCUAGUCAAGAUCUUAUGUAUAGUACACCAGAAAUUACACAAGAAAAUGCACCAACUAAUAAUCUAAAUGAAAUAUUAGAGCCUCCAGAAACAUCAGAACCUUCUCUGCCAAUUGCUUGUGAUGUAACAACUGAUAAGGACGAUGAUUUUAUGUCAACCGUAAGUCAAAAUUCUGUAGAAGAAUCGAGUUUGGAAAAGGGAGUUGUCACAGAAGAUAGUAAAGAAGAGGAAUUUACAAAGAGUAAAACACAUUUAAAUCUACAAUUAGAUUAUGAACAUUCUUUAGAAACACGUAUGACUGACACCGCAGUAGAUGCUUUGUUAAGUGUAUCGCGAGAGACUGAUAGUGUUACCAGGGUUAUUAGCGAUGACCCACCAGAAGAUUUAUUUGAAGAUGAGAAAGAUAAUACAAAUGUUAACGUAGUUAAUGGAUUUAAUGAAAUAAAAGAAAUCAUUGAUGACAAAAUUACGGAACCAUUAAUUGACAAUGAGAGUGAAUGCUCAAAAUCUCAAACAAGUACAUUAGAUGAAUCGUCGAUUACAGACAAUUUAGAUACCGACACAAAUGAAGAUAAAAUUAAUACAAACGAUGAAACUAACAUCACAGAAGAAAUAAAUGAAAUUAAAGACAAAGUCGAAGAAGUUGUUGAAGACAUAGUUGCUGAUAGUAUGCCGACGGAAUCUGAUCUCCAAAUAGCCGAGGCACUUAUUAAUUUGCCAUCGACGGCGAUAAAAAAAAAGCCGAUAGACUCUUGCGAAGAUCUCUUGAAUAAGGAAAUUAUUGAAACAGUCUCAAAUAGUCCGUCUACUAAAGAUUUAAUCAUCGAAGACCAAGUACCAGCGUACUCUAAUGAAAAUAAUGAAAAUAUUGCUCGUUAUGAAUCUGAACAAGAAAAAAGUGAAAAUCUGAAUGCUGCUCAGUCACUAGUACAGAUGUCUGAAUGCAUCGAUCAUAAUAUUAACUUUGUUGAAAUUGAAUCUGAAAAUAAAAAAGAGGCUAGCCCCACUGAGACUAGUAAACCGAAAAAAACAGUAACCGCAGAUAUCGCGAUAGAACCAAAAGUAUCUUUAUUAACUAAAAAAUCAACAGUUGAACAAUCUAAUGGAAAAUCGGUUUCCUAUAACAAGUCUUCUAGUAAACUAUUGAAAAUAUUAGAAAAACCAACGACACCAAAACUAGCACCCAAUAAAACUAUUAUAAGUAAACGAGUCAUCAUGCCUGGCAAAGAGAAAAUCCUAAAUUUCGAUGUUGGCAAACAAUCCUUUAAGGGGAAACCGCAAGCGAUCAAACAGAAUAUAGUUAUCAGGAAAUCUGGGCCUCCUAAAAAUAUAUUGAAUAAUAUCAGUGAAGUUUCUAACCUCAAUAAAAUUAUCCUGUCCCGCAGCAAUAAACCUAUCCAAGACGGAUCCUCUGUGCAAACAUAUACUAUACAAACGCCCGUAGAACCUUCUGCUGAUCCAAAUACUAUACUUAUACAACCAAAAAAUAGGAGAAUUCCCAAGACACUAACAAAAAUACAGAAAAUAAAACCGCAAACCCAAACAUCAUUUGUUGCGCACAUUAAAGAAAAAAAACUAAUUAAGGAAAGUGGAAAUGAUGAACCCAUGUUCGACAUAAAUUCUAUGCCCAUUGUAUUGUCUGAUGAUAUACUGACGCCGGAGAGCAUCGAGAAAAUGCCUAUUGUAAUGUCCGACGCCAAUAUUAUAACUAAUUCUACAAAUAACACAAAGAUGAAAACUAAAACUAUUGUAGACAGCGAGAAAAUAGCUUUGAGUACAGUAACUUCUAAAGCUGUGAGUCCUAUAACGAACAAAGCAGAAAUCAAAACGAUGGUUAUGAGUCCAUCGAGUGACGCCGCCAAAGUUACAACCCCCAAUAUUCUCUCUAAGUCGGCAAAGUUGCGCGGCACUAAACCUAUGUUAGUUAUAGAGAAGGCCACGGGAAAAAAGAAAAUUAUAUUGCCCCAGCCCGAGUCGGCGGUCAAGGAAGCGAAGCAAUCUCACACCCCCACUCUCGUGCCAUCCGUCUCACAAAGCGGGGGGAAAACUGAAAAAUACAUCAUUCUGCCUUCGACGAACGCCCCCCGCGCCACGCGCACGCAGAAAAUAGUCAUAGACCCACAAACAGGCAAAGCGCACAUGUUCCUAGCUAAGGGAACCGAAGGUUUGACAGUCACCGACAACAAAGCGGUCUCCGCUAAAUUGAUACAGUCUUCGGAGAACACCGCGCCCGGCAAUACCGUCAUGAUUAUAACAAACUCACAAGGCACCCAGUCUAAGAUCGUGUUGACGCCGGAGCACGAAAAGAUAUUGUUUCCCCACAAAGCGAAUGUAUCGCAACUGAAAACAGUUACGCAAAGAAUUACAACAAAUACAAGCAUAGUACAGAAGCCGACGGUGACGACGGCCAACGCCGCGAAGGGCCAGGCGAGGAUUGUGCCCAGACACAAAGGUACAAUUAUCACAUCAAAGGGUCAGCUAAUCGUCGGGGGCCUCGUGCCCUCCGGAACCACCAACAUAGCCCCGAUGCCAGAAAUCAGGCCGGCGCUGAAGCGUAUCAUACCGGCCGAGACCAAGAAGAUUGUGCACACGACACACGUGCCAAAGGAUUCUUCUGAGCAGGUCCUGUUUUAUCAAAGAAAACCUGGCACCUACAUGCAACUGACCGCAGCACAGUUUGAACAUUUACAAAGGACAGGGCAGCUUAUAUCAAAAUCGCCCAUCACCCAAGAGAAUAAAGUUAUAAUUCAAAAACCU